CUGCUAUAUAUAAAAUUCAACUUUCUAAUUUAAAUUUUGAACACAUACAAAUAUUUUCAUGAGAACCCAAAUCUCACAAUAUAUUGUGGAUCAAGAUAGUAUUUUUAUCCAUUCACAAACUUGAAUCACAAAAGGGUGUGAAGGAAAAACCAGAUAUAAAUCAGUGACAUUUGUCCAUUUGGUGAAACUUUGUAGUUUUCGUUAAGGGAAAGCAAAGCCGAAACCACCAAAGGCCCACUAUAAACAAACACAACCAAACCUUACAUUUUCAUUUCAUUAUUUCAAACUGGAAAAAAGCUAGAGUGCUUCAAACCAAAACCACAGUCAUUUAUUUAACAGUAUUCAGAUUUCAAGACUACUAAUAAUGAUAACUCAAAGCCAAAAAGAAAAAUGAGGUUUUGAAAUUGAAUUCAACUUCAAGUAUCACAUGUUAGUUUAUGCACAUCUCGUGUUUGCAUUUAUAGCUCACUCAUCUUUUACUUUUAUAUAUAAAUAUCCUUCUGUUCCAUUCUUUGUACCUGUCCUCCAUUCAUUAGUGUCCAAAAGGGUAUCUCCACUGUAGCUUAAACUUCUCAUUUUUAUGGGUUUAUUGUCUUUUUAAGAGAGAUACAGAGAGAGGCCGAGAUCUUCUGCAUUGGAGAGAAUCUGGAAAAUGGGUUCUCAGAUUUUUGAGUUUUUGAAAACUGGGUUGUGUUUUUGGGUGUGUUUCUUUAGCUUGAGCCUGGUUUUUGUGGGUUCUGAGCUUGUAGCAGGAGAUGGGAACAUAGAAGGGACUGUUUCCAUUGAUGGCAAAGUUAUCAUUGGGAGGAUUGAUGAUGAUUUUAUUUGUGCUACUAUGGAUUGGUGGCCUCCUGAGAAAUGUGACUAUGGAACAUGCAGUUGGGGUCAUGCAUCUCUUCUCAAUCUGGAUUUGAGCAACAAAAUUUUCUUCAAUGCCAUAAAGGCUUUUUCACCAUUGAAGAUUAGAUUAGGUGGUACUUUGCAGGACAAGGUCAUUUAUGAUACUGAAGAUAAUAAGCAACCUUGUACUCAGUUCACUAAGAACACAUCUGAGUUGUUUGGCUUCACUAAUGGCUGCUUGCCCAUGAAAAGAUGGGAUGAAUUGAGCUCUCUUUUCAAGUCAGCAGGGGCAGAGAUUAUUUUUGGAUUGAAUGCUCUUAAUGGAAGAACAAUACAGCGUGAUGGUUCUGCAACUGGUGCUUGGGACUCCUCCAAUGCUGAAUCUUUUAUCCGUUACACAGCAAAAAACAACUACUCAAUUUAUGGUUGGGAGUUAGGGAAUGAAUUAUGUGGGAGUGGAGUUGGAACAAGAGUUGCAGCAGCUCAGUAUGCCUCUGAUACAAUUUCUCUGCACAACAUAGUGCAGAAUAUCUACCGGGAAAGUGACUCAAAGCCUCAGACUAUAGCUCCUGGAGGAUUCUUUGAUGCAAAUUGGUUCAAAGAAUUUUUUAAUAAGACAACUAAAUCUUUAGAUGUGGUAACUCACCACAUAUAUAAUCUAGGCCCAGGGGUUGAUACACAUCUCAUUGAUAAGAUUUUGGAUCCAACCUAUCUUGAUGGUGAGGCCAACACAUUCAGAAACCUCCAUGACACCCUCAAGAGUUCUGGAUCAUCGGCGGUUUCAUGGGUUGGGGAGGCAGGAGGUGCUUACAACAGUGGUAGGAAUCUUGUCACUAACGCAUUUGUCUUUAGUUUCUGGUAUUUGGAUCAGCUUGGUAUGUCAGCAGCUCAUGAUACUAAAACAUACUGUAGACAGUCAUUGAUUGGAGGAAACUAUGGAUUGCUUGAUACUAAUAACUUCAUACCAAAUCCAGACUAUUACAGUGCUCUCCUUUGGCACCGGCUAAUGGGAAGAAACGUCCUAUCAACGAGCUUUUCUGGGUCCAAGAAAAUUCGUGCUUAUGCUCACUGUGCUAAACAAUCUGUAUGUUUAAACCACAAACUUUCAUUUGUUGGGCAAAAGUUGUUUUUUCACCCUCUUUUUCUGAGCUUAUUCUUUGUCUUAAUACAGAAAGGGAUUAUGGUGCUACUAAGCAACCUUGACAACAGCACCACAGUUCUGGCCACUGUUGCAUUCAAUGGAACGUGGAGUUUCCGUCGAAAACACAGGAGUCAUCACACAUCAAGUAUUACACCUCACAAAACAAGGACUUCUCAUAAAGCAAAGGCGAUCAAGAUGCCUCGACCUAACAAGAGUGAGCCUGUGAGAGAAGAAUAUCAUCUUACUGCCAAAGAUGGUAAUCUACAAAGCCGAACCAUGCUGCUUAAUGGAAACAUUUUAACUCUAGAUUCAUCUGGGAACAUACCUUCUUUAGAUCCUAUUUAUGUAAAUUCGUCAACACCUAUAGUGGUUCGCCCUUUUUCUAUUGUAUUUGUUCACAUACCUCAUGUUGUCCUCCCAGCUUGCAAAUAGGUGACCUAAGGAACAGAAAAACUGGUUCCUUUGCUUAUAAUAUAGCCAUUGACAAUAAGGGAUAGGAUACAAAUCAAAUGUAUGUCAUUUUUUCGCAACAGAAUACAAAAAAGAAAAAGAAUUCUCAAAUAAACAAA